GAACUGGGCGGGGAGAGGUGCCCAGUCAGGAAACCAGACACAAACAAAGCUUUACAAGAAGACAAAGAAGAGAGGCAGUGAGAGAAAGCCAGACAUGAUGGCCGCAUUUCCAGGAGCAGCCAGCCCCUCCCAGCAACCCCUGGGCCCAGAGGACGAGGACUCUAGCCUGGAUGAGUAUGACCUGUACAGCCUGACCCACUCCUACCUGGGAGGACGUGGCCGGAAAGGUCGCACCAAGAGAGAAGCUGCUGCCAACACCAACCGCCCCAGUCCUGGUGGGCACGAGAGAAAACUGGUGACCAAGUUCCAGAAUGCAGAGCAGAAAAAGAGAGGGGCACGUCCCUGAGACAGAAUUGGAGAUGAGGCCAGAGCACAGACACCACACCACAGCAAUGGAGACAGGACCACGGCGGCGGAACUGCAGAGGAAUUAGGACCUGGGAGCAGGGUCCAGGCCUCCUUGACCCCAGGACUUACCCCACCUGACUGAGGCCCCAAGAGCCACCAAGCAAGCAUCCCGGGCCCCUAACAAAAGGGCCAGAUGGAGAGCAUGAGACAAAGAAUGGAGGGGCAGAGUUAGGGAGGUACACCCCCCCAAAAAAAAGAUGCUGAAGAAACUGGGUGACAGCAACAAUAAAGAGAUAAAAUACAGCA